GGGUACGCUGUUGCAGUGUGGACAGGACACAGGCUGGGCUAGGAGCUUAGCUCUGACUGUAGCCGUUUAUGCUAGCCACGUGUAGCCGGUAGCCCUUCAGCCGGUUCUGUAUUAAAGCGGGUAGAAGGUAUACAUUUAAUCUGACAACAGUCUGAGGGAAAAGCUGACAGCGUUCAUGUGGUCCUUAUAAAACCGGAUAACCUUCACAGAGGGGGGGUUGUGGGGGUGGGGGGUCCGUCCUGCUGCUGCUGCUGGAACAUUAGCAUUACUGAAGUUGCUCAGUACAUGUGAGCGUCAGUUUGAGCGUCGGUGGGCCGUCCUAAACCUCAGUGUCCGUCGUCCUUCAGGUCAUCAUGGCCACAAACGCGCGUAAAGUGCGGGACAGGGACAGUAACCCGUGCAUUGAGGAAAGUGAUGCGUCCCAGAAGUGUUUGGAUGUCUACAACUACGAGAAAAGCAUGUGCACGGCCUAUUUCCAGAGGUACAAGAACUGCAGGAAGUACUGGCAUACAGUCAUGCUGCAGAGGAGACGGGAUGGAGUUAACCCUGACAUGCCCACAGCUGCACAGAGACAGGACAUGAUCAACAGCAUGGGAGGAAAACCAUACUGAGACACCAGAACCAGAACCAGAACCUGAACCAGACCCAGAACCAGAACCAGACCCAGAACCAGACCCAGAACCAGAACCUGAACCAGACCCAGAACCAGACCCAGAACCAGAACCUGAACCAGACC